GCCUUAUUUUCUUUCCACUUAGCCCUUAUAGUUCUAAUUGUUGUGACCUUGAAUCAAUACAUCUUCGAUAGCGGUCCCCCGGGGCACAAACUGGAAAUAAUGAUGCACUGUUGACUUACACGGCACAGCUGGCAGGCUUUGAUUGGUUAAACUGAGAUUAAAUAGCAAAGGAACCAAUCAGAAGCACUCAUAAAGAAUACGUCUGCUUGUAUUGAAAUUUGCAGCUUUUUUGCCGAUGAUUCCGGGAAAAGGCUUCGCAGUUUUGAGCAUAUUCAGUGAUUUCCAAAACGAGUAACUCUACGUGUCCUUCAAGGAAAUUGAGGAUAAGCAACCGUCCGUCCACUGAAAAGUUAUAGUGAAACAACAUGAGCGACAACGUUGGCGUCCUGGAUGUCCGUUCUUUCGGGCAGCCAUUUCAGUUGGGAAUGCUGUACGACUAUCGUAGUCACCACCUUGUUACAGGGCCAGCAUUGUGGGAAUCUGACAUCAAAAAGAAGAUCUCCUUCUCGCGCAUCUCCCCACAGUCUAAAUACGAAGUCUUCCCAAGCGGGAACGUGGAAGAGAUGGCAAAGGUUUUUGGUAUUGACUCUAACUUUAGACUGAGUUUGAUGACAGGAUUAGUCAACCCAUAUGGAAUUGUAAAGUUCAUCAUUGAUGGGGACCUCUCCAAGAAGAACAAUCUGGUUCGCAUUAUUCUCAAGUAUGAAACCACAUCAAGAUUUGAAGAACUUAGCAUGGAUCAAGCAAAGACAGAGCCGCACAGAGACCUAAGCUCAGAGAUGACAGCUACUCACUUUGUAUCGCGUAUAGAAUAUGGCAGAGAAGCAAUUUUCGUCUUCGACAGAAGAUUAGACGAAAACGAAACAUUUACCGAUGUCGAAGCCGACCUAAAGUUUGCUGUCGACUCCUUGUCCCAAACUGGGGUAGAAAGUAAUGGAUCUGCACAUGCAACGGAGCUAGACGAGGAGGAACUGUGUAAAAUUGUUUGUACUUUUUAUGAAGAUAGAGACCAGGCCAGUUCCACCGGUGGUAUGAGUUAUGAAGAUGCUUUGCGGGCCUACAGUGAACUCAAGAAAAACGAAGAAAGCCAUGUGUAUGAAGUUCCUAAAAGGGUUUGGCUCCAACCACUGAGCACUUUGAACCCACAACUGGUACGGCGAAUGCGCGAGGUUAGCCCUCAUGUGACUGAUGCUUUGCAAAACGUCUUGGCAAAUUUCAACGAGUUUGAAACGAGUUUAUGUAGCCUCGUCGAUGAUAACACAUGUUCCACCUUUCCUACAAUCAAACAGCGGAUCGCAAGAUGCGGAAAAGCGGUUUCCAGGUACAAAAAGAACAUUCUUAAGACAAUUUCCGAGAUGUUGCCAGUGGUGCGAGGAGGUGAUGAAGAAGAGCAAGUACUUACCGACGCUCUCAACUCAGUUGCGUCUUCUCCGUUUCAUCACGACCGCCUCUCGUCGUGGAUCAGUGGCAUGAAGAAGGAGAUAAAACUGUUGUCCAUGUACCUGGAAUUCUUUAGGGGAAUCCAACUGGUUACGACUUUGCAAGAUCUUGACAGUGUGAUCAAUUGCUUGGAGUAUGAUCAGGUUGUUUCCUUUUCCCUGAUGACGGCUGGGAAUGAAGAUGCACUGGUUGAACAACUGUAUACAUUUCUACGAACUGGCAGUUGGACACCGGAACAUCUCUCACUACAACCUUGGUAUGAAAAUCCUGAAAUACUUAAUGAAAGCAAGGCUAAGGCAAGAAAUUUCAGGGAUUUUGUCCGGGAAAAUGAACAUGACGGGCGUACAAAGUUCAUCGUCACAAACGUUCAGAAGGACACAGGCGAAGGAGUUCUUGGUGUCCGUCUGUAUGAUGGCGGUCAAUCUACGGAUUUUGAACUUCCCGGUUGGCCUGGAAAGCCUUUUGCAACUUUGAAAAGUGCCUCUAGUAUUACUCUACAAUGGGAAGAGUCUCCACAUGGAAAAGAAACGGUCCAGAGUUACACAGUCCACUUCAGACCUUCUGUCGGCGAUUGGAAGUCAUUGCCCACUGUGGGACCAGAGAAUACGAUCACAGUUGAUGGACUGAAGGCAAAAACUACCUACCUUUUCAAGGUGAACAGCGAAUGCAAAGCUGGUAGAAGUGCUGUAAGUGCUACUAGUGACAGUGUUGUUACUGAAGAUCCCGUGAAUCAACCCGAACCAGACCUCCUCCACAAGAAGAAGAGUGAGUCAUCCUCAGAUAAACAGAGCCACAGUCUAAAUGGAGCUAAGGCUAAGGAUUCAUCGUCCUCCAAGUCCAGAGACGAUGUCGAAGGAGCGAAAGGCGGUGAAGCAAUCAGCGGAAAGAAUCUAGAAAAUACUGCAAGCAAGCUAGAGAGUAAACGGACAAGUGGUGUCUGGCAAAAUAGUAAAACCUCGCAUGAUAAGGCCACAAAGUUUUUUGUUCCUUAUAAACCGGCAGAGGUUUUGCUCCCCUCCUCGAAGAAGAUUAAAGAUGGCACCCCGUCAAUUUACAAACUCCCAAUGUUCACAAGAAUGAGAAGACAAAACAGCAUGAUUACGAAACAAAGCAUCGGAAAGCCCCCCAAAAGAGUUAAAGGAGGACCUUCUGAGAAAGUUCUUAUGGUAGUAGGAGCUACUGGAGCUGGCAAGUCAACGUUGAUCAAUGGCAUGGUGAAUUACAUUUUGGGAGUAGAGUGGAAGGACGAUUUUCGGUUUAAACUCAUCGAGGAGGACAAAAGCGUAUCUCAAGCUUACAGUCAGACGAAGGACAUCACCGCUUACACUAUUUAUCCUCAGAAAGGUUCAGCCAUUCCGUACAUAUUUACAAUAAUUGAUACGCCAGGGUUUGGUGAUACAGAAGGUCUGAAGAGGGAUAGGCUUAUUAUCAGUCAGAUUAAGGAGUUCUUUUCCAUCCCCCCACCAAAUGGUAUCGACCACCUUGAUGCAGUUGGAUUCGUUACACAAGCUUCCCUGGCACGUCUCACUCCAACGCAAGAGUACAUCUUCAAUUCAGUCCUAUCUAUAUUUGGAAACGACGUUUCCAAAAAUAUCUUUAUGAUGCUGACCUUUGCAGAUGGCCAACAUCCCCCAGUUCUUGAAGCCAUCAGUAGAGCCAACAUUCCAAGUGGCAAGUACUUCAAAUUCAACAAUUCAGCCCUUUUUGCCAAAAACAAAGAAACGGAAGAGAGCUUUGAUGCAAUGUUUUGGAAGAUGGGUUAUCUAUCCUUUCAGAACUUUUUUACUGAGUUUGCAAAAGCAGAAAGUGUUAGUCUUCGACUAACUAAAGAGGUCUUGAAUGAACGUGAACAGCUUCAAAUCUUGAUUGAAGGUCUGAACCCUCAAAUUACAAUGGGCCUCAACAAGAUUGAAGAAAUGAGGCAAGAAGAGCUUGUUUUACAACAUCAUGUCAGCGAGAUUGAAACCAACAAAGAUUUCACUUAUGAAGUUGUUAUAACAAAGCCAAAUUAUAUCGAUCUCAAAGGAACUGGGAGACACACCACCACCUGCCUAAAAUGCAAUUACACGUGCCACCAGAAUUGUAUGAUUGCUGAUGACUCCAGCAAGCGUGGCUGUUGGGCCAUGAAUUCAGCAACUGGAAAUUGCAGAAUUUGCACGUUAAACUGCUUCUGGUCGAAUCACAAAAACCUUCCUUAUAUAAUCAAGUACGAAUCAGUCGUGGAAACCAGAACUUCUGCCGACCUGCAAAUGAAGUAUGAAAGAGCUGUUUCAGGAAAGUCUAAGAUCGAAGGCAUGAUUGAACAACUUGAAGAAUUCCUUCAAGGUGUGCACAGCGGUGUACUGACCAUGAUAAACAAAGCGCAGCAAAGCCUUCGUCGACUGGACGAAAUUGCCCUGAAACCCAACCCAUUAACUCAAGUGCAGUAUCUGGAGCUUGUCAUAGAAUCUGAGAAGAAUGAAGCCAAACCCGGCUGGAAACAACGCGUGGAAUACUUCGAAGAAGCCAAGCGUCACGCGGAGAUAUUAUCAAAAGUUAAAGAUGUUAAUGCAGGACAACAGAUCAUCCAGGAGAAGGCUCGAAGUGGAGAAAAGUGGUAUUCCCGAUUUAAGUUCUGGUGAUUUCAGCAACUCGAAUAUUGUAACAGCCCACCCGCAGAGAUGCUAUAUGGCUGCCUGACAAGCCACUUGACCAGGGAUCAACUUUACAUGAAGUACGAAUAUAAUGGACAUAGAAAAAAAGGACAUUGCUAAUGAUAUGGAACUUUAAAUAUAAGAAUUUCCUGCAAGUGAACUAAUGUGUUUAAUGAAUUUCAAAUUGCUGCCAUGUGUGCCUUUUGUUUAGAAAAGCCAGCCACGUAAAUGAAGUCUCUAUAUCAGAAGGAAGCAAUCAUAACAGUAAAAUGACCGGAACUUCCUUAAGAAUAACAUUUGUCGCCUUCAAAGGACAGCUCCCCGAAUCCCUGAAAGAUGACAUCACAUCAUGUUAGAUUUUUUGUAGCUUCUGAUGUAUAUCCAGCAAUUGAAGGCAAUUUCUUGAAGUGAAUUAUUCGAAGUUCCUUGAUCAAUACAUUUUUCCAUUUUAUGAAUUGUUUCUUAUUUGUAUUUGUGGUUUAAGCACGGCCCACAAGUACCUUGUGUUGUAUGCAAGAUAAGGUAACAAGCAAAAUUGAAUUUUUUUAAGAAUAUCAGUUCAAAAAGCUGAAGCUAGUUCUAAUGGAAUUAUAAAAGUUUCACGGCCUUUUAAAGUGUUCCGUGGCAUGGGUAAUGAUUGAUAAGCUCGUUAGCCUUAUUGCAUAAGAAUAAAAAUCGUUCAGAUUGUCAUAACGCCGCUGACAUGGUGAGAUAAUGUCUUGAAACUGAUCUCUUGGACAACUUUUCAUCUCAUUCGUAAGGAAGAAACAGGGGAAUAGUUUUAAACCUUUUUGCAGGCUUUGUAUAUUAUUAGCCGAUUGGAACACGCAAAAUUUUUUGAACUCGAAGCAAUGUAAGACUUACUAACGAGAGGAUGCUAACUGAAGCCUCGCCGACCCCUUUCAAUUAAAGUGUUUACUUAUCACUAA